AUGACGGUAAAUUAUGCCAAGACUGUAACAACCAAUACAAAUUAGAUGGAAAAGGAUAGUGCAUCUUUGAUUGCUUAGUAUAAAAUUGUGUAAAUUGUGCUUUAAAUGAUUAGGAUAAAUGUCAAUAGUGCUUACCAGAUUAUGAUUUAAGCCCAACUUAAAUUUGUGUUAGUAAAUGUUAAGUUUAAAAUUGUUAAACUUGUGAGUUAAGUAAUCCUUUAAAGUGUUAAGUUUGCAAUAUAAAUUAUUAAGUUAAUUCAAGUAAGUAAUGUGAGUUAGUUUGUAAAGUAUAAAAUUGCUUAGAAUGUUAAUCUGAUAACCCUAAUAUUUGUAAAAAUUGUGUUAACAAUUAUGUUCUUGAUAAAGAUAAUAAAUAUUGUUUAUGCUAAAUUUAAAAUUGUAAAACAUGUCAAGUAAAUGAUGGAAAAUUAUGUCAAGAAUGUAACAGCUAAUACAAAUUAGAUGGAAAAGGAGAGUGUGUUUUUGAUUGCUUAGUAUAAAAUUGUGUAACUUGUGCUUCAAAUGAUUAAAAUAAAUGUCAGCAAUGCUUACCCAACUAUGAUUUGA